AUGGGAUUACCAAUAGUUACUCUUUUAACACUGCUCGGGUUGAGCUCAGCUCAAAUGAUGUCACAAGUGAUGGUGGCUCAAGUGAAAAUUACCGAUGCUCCAUACCCAGUUUCCAAUGCCGAACAGCUCAAUCAAGUCGUGUGGACCGUGCACGGAACACCUACUAAGGAAGCGAUUUUCUGCGUUUCCGAGGCUCCAGUCUCCCAGCUCCGAUUCGUGUGCACCGAUUGUAUGGAGAAGAAUAUUACCGACAUGGUUAAUGUGCUCAAUUCGGCACAGGAUAUCACCCGUCGAGUUGGAUUUCCGGCUGUCACACUCAGGGACAUUAAUGUGAACACUAAUUGGUCCGGCGCGACAAUCAUAUGCCAAGCGGCUCUCAAUGGAGGUACCGUCGAUUCUGCUCCAUCUGCAGUUGAAGUGAGAUAUCUUCGCCAGCCGCACGUCGUCGAUUCAAACGGACAAUCUCCAGUGUUGAUUGGAAACCAAGGAUACCGAUUCUUUGUGGAAUGUGUCCGCAAUGCUGAGGGAAUCUGUCAACAGAGCGGAAGACGAAAGACACUGAAGUGCAAUGUUCAAUCCAAUCCACCAGCCACACAGUACCGUUGGUUGAAGAAUGGAAGUCCAAGCGGAACAGGCGCCGAAAUUACGAUUGGAACGGAAAUGAUCGGGCAAUCAAUUCAAUGUCAAGCCAAUAACGGUCUUCACGACGAGUCGAACAUGCCACUGUCGCAAGCGGUUCAAAUUGAUCCUUACUCAUCCGCCAAACUUCUGAAGGACAACUUCCAACAAUUACAAUCAUCCUCACCAUUCCUUGCUAACAACAGAAUCGAAAUGAACCAACAAGUGAACUUGGGAUGUCAAGUUGAAGGAAAUCCACGCCCAAUCGUCUACUGGAGAAUGAGAAAACAGAAUGGCGAUGUUGUCGACGCUGCAUGCCCACAGGGGCUCGAAGGACAGUACCAGGAAAUGGCUCCAGAAGGAGCAAGAUCCGCAAACAUCGUUCGUCUCACUGCUCUGUGCUCUCUCCGCAUUUCCAACUAUUCCUAUUCGGGACAAUACUGGUGUGCCGCUUGCUCCCAAGUCAGCCAAGGAGAGCCAGAAUGCUCACCAAGCCUCGAAACCCCAGGAACAUCCAGUCUCAACGUUCAAGUUAUCGGUGCUCCGAGCAACUCAGAUGCUCCUCCAAGCAUUGAGCAACGUGGACCAGACGCCACUGUUCUUGUGCAUUAUUGUGCCGAACCAAUGCCUCGUCCACCACGUGAGAUCGUGUUCAGCAUCGAUCAAAACGACCUUCAGAGGAAAAUGUCAAAGGAUUUUAAUAAUAAUUUCUCUAAUUCCAGGUUGGCCAAUCAUGGGAGAACUUCCACUUCGACUCGGCUGUCACCAACAACACCGUACCCAACUGCUACAUUGCUCGUCUCACAAUUUCACCAGUCCGCGAAGAGGACCAAUACCGUCAAAUCGCGCUCAAACUCCAAAACCAGUUCGGAUCUAAACAGAGGUAAGGAUCAUCCAGACUACAAUGAGCCGAAAUCCAAAGCCAACUUUCAAUGUGUUUUCUUAUUAUUUUGCUCCAUUUUUUGCUUUCUUUCUUAUCAAACGCUUCAGAAAAAACGGGCCACUGUUGCUGCAUUUCACGAGGGUGUUAACUAUGCUGAACUCGAACUAAAACGCAGUCAUGCACAGCCAACAACCAGCACUAUCUCUUUAAGUUCCGUUCAUAGUAGACCGCACAGAGGGGGCUCCGCUUCUGUGCAGUCUAGCGUCUAG